UACCCCCACCCCCCGGUCUGUAGCAGUACCCUCACCCACCUUCUCUCUCCCGCCUCCCCGCUGCAGAGCCGUGCUCAGGCCGGCCUCCCAUACACGUACUCCCUCUCACUUUCCGAAAGGAUUCCGUGCAAACAGAGCCGCAGCGCCACGCAGCUGCACUGCACACAGCCCCCUGCUGAUGUCACAUAUUUGCACACUGAUUUCCUCCACCCUCCCGCCUGCCAACACGCCAAGAAACUGGAUAAGGAAAGUAACCAUGCUAUAGCAGAGCGAGGGGGAAGGAACCCUACUUAGGCAGAUAAAGUUUCUGCUGAGAACGAAGGCGACGAGACGCUAUCUAAAGAGAUGCUGCGUGUUUCGGGGGUGGGUGGGAGACAAGCAGAUUCUGUAGUUUACAGUUGGAGGGUGUGAGCAGCAGUUUCCUGCGGCUCUCUGUCUGACUCCGAGUGCCUGCAAUUUCAGAUCCCGGCUGGUCAAAGGGAGAGCUCCGCCACCCAGUUACCGGCAUCGCUUCCCCACCAUUUCCCUCCCCCGCCCCCCAUCCCCCGGAUCGAUGCAGCUUCAAUUCUCACCAACCAUUAACUUCCCGCAAAUGACCUGUUUGAAGUUCUGGUGUGAGGAUCCGCGCACAGAGUAAAUACCGGAGCUGGAACCAAUCGCAAAAGCGCCGCUCUGUUUGUUUCUUCGAAGGGUUCUUGGCCGGGCUGUCGCUGAGGAUGGAUUGGAACCGAUGCGUGUUCCUCUCUCUGAUCUGGAUUCGUUUUUGCAUUCCCACCGCCUGUCUCAGUCUGACAGUCGGAUCUCCAACCGACUCUAACGUCGAGGGUUUCUCGGAGCCAGCACCGGGAGAUCCGGACAGCCUUGCAGAUAACUGCACUACAUUGAACCCAGCGUGCCUGAAUGAGGAUGAUCGACACUGUCUUGAAGCUAUUCGAAUGAUACAUAAACAGAUGGACGAUGACAAUGAUGGUGAUGUUGAUGUAGAGGAGAGUCACGAGUUCAUUAAAGAAGAUAUGAAAGACAAAGAUCCUACCAGUAAAGGCAAUAAAUUCCAUAAAGAAGACAAGCACAUCACAGUGAGAGAUUUGUGGAACCACUGGAAAAACUCAAAAGUAUACAAUUGGACAGUGGAUGAAACGAUGGAUUGGUUAAUUAAUUUUGUGGAAUUGCCACAAUAUGCCAAGGUUUUCCAGGAAAACAACAUUCGAGGAGUUGGCCUACCCAGGUUAGUUUUGAGGGAAACAGUUGACAGCUGGGUUUUCUGUUCUGCUGAGCGUGCUGAUAAUGCCCUUGAAACUAAAUAUGGAGAUGCUGCAACUCUGAUGGAGGAGAAUGAAAAAUUACUAAACACGAUAGCUGCAGAACAAGAGAAGAACAGAUCUGGAGUACUGAGCUGCAAACUAGCAAAGCAGCUGCUAAAAAACCAACGACUGGAAAACAAAUCAGCAGGCCGCACCAGCGUUCAAACAAUCAGUAAACAGCAGCAAGCAACAGCAGCAGCUGGAAGAUCCACUAUUUGGUGCUAA